UAUUCACUUUGUUUGUGUAUACAAUUUUUGUCGCAGUGCUUCCAUGGCAACUAACCCACAAACCCCGGGAAGAUAGCAGCACUGGAGGAAAACACUAACAAUCAGUGCAUGGAUAAGUGAGAUUAGGACUUAAAACAGUGAAAGAAUUGUGUUUCUUUAGAUCUACGUAUAUUAAUGGAUGGCCCACAUAUCUUGACUUCCCAUCAAAUUAAAAACAGCCAUAGUAAAAGGAUGGGAUUAUUGUUCACAAGAUGGACACACACCUCCAGCCCUCACCCUGUUUAACACACUAAAACCCCACCCUAGUUUAUAGUACCAGUCUCUGCCAUCCCCUACUGUUUGUCCAGCAAGUUAAUAGUUAACCAAAUCCAUAAACUGAGUGUAUCCACCUCAUCACCAUUCUUAUACUGUCACCUGAGCACUGGGCGCUGCAUCAGUCAUAAUGGCCUCUUUCUUCGCUCCAUUUAUAACAGAACAUGAAUUGAAUGAGCAGGAAAUAAAGGAUUAAUCUGAACGUAGACAGCACAAGUAAUUUCGAGGAAUGAUUUGUUCUGGUGGCAAUUUUUAGCAGAUGAACCCUCAUUCCACUGGAAUUUCAUCCUCAUGAUGUAAAGGCCUUUCUCAGUGUGGGUGAAAGCCUUUAGAGCCGUGCGUGAAUGAUCGCUACUGUUUUCCAAGAGGACUGCUACUGAAGAUUAUUUUCCAAGACUCAUCUGCUUUUUCCUGCCUCUGAUUUCCAGCGUACAAAUUGUGGGCUACAUGUUUGCUUCACCCAGCAGGAGUCAAUGAAAUGCAAGCUGUAGUUACACUAGUGUUUUUUCUUUUGUUUGUUUUGUUUUUUGUUUUUUGAGGUUUUUUUUUUUAUUGCUGUUGGGACCUCCCCCGCUCAUGCCCACCUUCUUGGCUCUUGAAAUAUUUUUAGUUAAGAAUAGUGGGAGGUCAUGAACAACAAUUGUCUGUUAAGCACUGCUAAAAAAAGGAGCUGCAAGCUCUGCAUCUUUCUUGCCUGCUAAGAAGAGUAACAGAGGUGAUCGAGUAUCAGGAGCACAUGAAUGACCUCAAUACUAAGACAGGGAGAAAGACGCCAUCAUGCUUUCAAUACCCUUAAAUCAACAUGUUAGAUUCCAGAAGCUUUUUAAUGCAUUAGAAAAAUGAUCAAAUGACACAGACAAGCAGAGGAAUAUUUACAGUGAGUCUGUCCAGCUUCUUCAUCCUGAGAUGUGAGCACUGGCCUUUGACCCAGUGCAGACCCUGUCAAGACUGAUGGUGUUUUGCAGGCAAAGGUAACUGGAGGUUAUGCUCACAUCUGUUCUCUGUAACUCAAUCACUCGGUCAGACAGUAAGACAACACAAACUCAACAAAUACUUCAACGGACUCAAAACAUUCAUUUCUCUCUUUUUAUUCUGCCUUGUUUCCUUUCUUCUUCGCUACGUCUUUGUUUGUAUUAGUCCUCCUUUCCACAAAGUAAACUUGCUUCAUUCUUUGCAGCUCGUAAACAGGGUAAUUACAAGGCACUCAGACCUGGACAGCACCACACACACACAGACUCAGCUCACACUUACUAGGAGGAGUAAGCAGAAAAAAAGGAAAAAGCUACUGGCAUGAUAAUAAAGGACUUGUUGGCCGGGGUUACUAGAGGGCAACGGCCGUAACUCCUCUCCCUGUGUGUGUGAAAGGAAGACAGAGAGAGAGAGAGAGAGGCAGAGAACGACAGAGCGAGACAAGGAUCAUGUGGCUGGAGUGUGCCGUGUCCACAGCUCAAAGCUGAAAGGGAGCAGCACCCAAAACAGGGGGCGGAUACUGCAGCGUCCAAACCACUGGACUCACCAGCUCUGUCUACUCUUAUUUUCCAAACCUACUGUAACUGACAAGUCCACCAACUUCAGAGGAGUCCACUGGGCCAGGUUUUGGAAAAUUUGCUUCCACCCAGGCGCCAAAAAGGAUCUGGCGCAAUGAAUAUGGAGUUGGAUGAGGACUGUACGAUGUCAGACUGGGAGGCCGUGUUGGAGCUGGAUGAGGCGUUGGCAGGGUGGUUUCUGAGGGGUCCAGCUAGAGGGGAGUGGGGUUGGGAGUGGGGCUGGGCUGCCUCGGACCUUCAGGACCCCGAGUGGGACACUGAGGACAUCCCUGCUGUGCUGAGCCCGACAUACAAGCAGCGCAAUGAGGACUUUAGGAAACUCUUCAAGCAGCUCCCUGACACAGAGAGACUCAUUGUGGACUACUCCUGUGCUCUUCAACGGGACAUCCUCCUGCAGGGACGACUCUACCUCUCUGAGAACUGGAUUUGUUUCUAUAGCAACAUCUUCCGCUGGGAAACACUGCUUACGGUGCGGCUAAAGGACAUCUGCUCAAUGACAAAAGAGAAGACCGCCCGCCUCAUUCCCAAUGCCAUCCAGGUCUGCACAGACACUGAGAAGCACUUUUUCACCUCGUUUGGAGCCAGGGACAGGACGUACAUGAUGAUGUUCAGACUGUGGCAGAAUGCGCUGCUGGACAAGCCCCUGUGCCCCAAAGAACUGUGGCACUUUGUUCAUCAGUGCUAUGGCAACGAGCUCGGCCUAACCAGUGAUGAUGAGGACUAUGUUCCCCCUGAUGAUGACUUCAACACCAUGGGGUUCAGCGAAGAGAUUCCCAACGAAGAGAACGAGAUCAACAACGACAACUUGUCCAAGAGCAGCACUGAGGCCAAGCCUGAAGGGAGCCCUCCUCCGCUACAUAAGAAGGUCGUCCCUAACAGCACCAUCCCCAGCCCAGGCAACCAGGACACACCCAUCACAUUUGACCUCCCAACAGAGGAAUAUGCAGACUGUCUACCGGACGGCGAGCUGCUGGCUGUGCCCUUGGUGGUGGAAGAGAAGAACAAUGAUACCAGUGGGCCCGGUGGUCCUGUGCCCUCACCAUCGCUUGACUUCAACGACAAUGAGGACAUCCCCACUGAGCUCAGUGACUCCUCGGAAACACACGACGAAGGUGAAGUACAGGCUUUCCAUGAGGAUCUGAAUGGCAGGCAGUACAUCAACGAGGUCUACAAAUUCAGUGUGGACAAGCUCUAUGACAUCCUCUUCACUGAGUCGCAGUUCAUGAGUGACUUCAUGGAACAGAGGCGAUUUUCAGAUGUGGUCUACCACCCAUGGAAGAAGGAGGAGGCUGGGAACCAGACCAGAGAGAUCAUGUACACCAUCUCUCUGUCCAAUCCCCUGGCCCCGAAAACAGCCACAGUCACAGAGACACAGACGCUGUACAAAGCCAGUCAAGAGAGUGAGUGUUACAUCAUCGAUGCUGAGGUUAUCACACAUGACGUGCCCUACCACGAUUACUUCUACACCCUCAACCGCUACAUGCUCACCAGGGUGGCCAAGAACAAGUGCCGGUUACGGGUAUCGACAGAGCUGCGCUACAGAAAGCAGCCGUGGGGGUUGGUGAAAGGCUUCAUAGAGAAAAACUUCUGGAGUGGGCUAGAAGAAAACUUCCGUCAUCUUGAAUUGGAGCUGUCCAAGCUUGAGGAGAUCCUGACGGAGACCCACCAGCUGUCACCAAAGGCCAAGGUGGUGAAGAACUCUACAGUGAGGCGAAAGAAGAGGCCGCUCCCCCACAUGCGCAGCCAGCAUCUGGACGAGGCGCUCAGCCCCGUUACGACGCCGACGGACGAGGAAGUGAUUCAGAGGAUCAAACAAGUGGCGGGAUCCACACAGACCAGACACCAGAGUCCAGAACACCAUCACCUGCCCGGAGGCCUGGCUCUGUACAGUGUCUCCAAACUGCUGCUCAUCAUCAGCUUCGUGAUCUGUUUAAGCCUGGUCCUGCUGGUGUUCCUCAACAUGAUGCUCUUCUACAAGCUGUGGAUGCUGGAGUACUCUGCACAGUCCUUAACAACCUGGCAAGGUCUACGGCUUCAUGAAAGUAAACUGCCUCAGACACAGAUGGAGUGGGCCCAGCUCCUGGAGGCACAGCAGCGUUACCAUGACGCCGAGCUGCAGAAGUGGAGGGAAAUUAUCAAGUCGUCAGUGGUGCUGCUAGACCAGAUGAAAGACUCUUUAUUGAACCUCCAGCGAGGCAUUGGUUUAAGCGACUACAGCUCAGAGGCUGAGGAGAAGCGAAGUCGCUAUCACUGACACACCACCACAAGGCCAUGAGGGCGUGCUGUGCAAUAUAGGACCUGUUUUGUUUGUGAACCAGUAUGCAGGCAGCAGCAAGACAGAGAGAGAGAGAGACAGAGAGGACAGAGGGAGUAGCGGGACCAACAGUGAGCUGGUCCAACAGAGACAAAAAGAGGAACAGAGGGUAACCAGCACACAGAGGGCAAAAACCCACCUGGAGGAGGAAGUCAUGGACAGAAAGUGCCCCUAUCACACACAGGAACUGAGGUGUCCCCCAACAUCACUGAGGCAUUGCGGGAAGGUGCGAGAUGUGCGCCUUCUCCACACUUGUGGGAUAACCAUUUCCUUCUACUCUCUAUAUUUCCAAGUGCAUCCUACUGUAAGCCAUGUCGACCAGGAGAGUGGCAGAGAGAAAGAAGGAAAACUACUGCAUGCAUUUAGACAACCUAGCUCCCCUCAGUCAGUGUUACUGUGGUCCAGUUCCAGUCUAUGUGUGUCAAAAAAAACAAAAGAAGAACAGAAGAUGAGAGGUCGAGUCAAAGGAAAGGAGGGGUCCUUUCGAGUCUUAAUGGCUUUCUACACUCUCUCGACUGUUCCAAACCAAUCGUCCUCUAGAGGUCCUCGCUGCAGCGUCCCUUGCAAAAACCUCCAGGUAAUCAGAGUGCAGUAUCGUCCCUCAACCAAAAAGGAAAAGAAGUAUCAUAGCUGGAAGCUCCUUGCCUUGUUUGACCCUGACCUGUAUGGUCUCUGUCAGGGCUGGUUCCCUGUCAGACCAAUGUGUGGAAAUAGUUAAAAGUAGAAUCUAGAAGAUUGAGACCUGAGACCUGAACCAGUGUUUUUAACCUCAUACACAGCUCAUAAGGUCAGUUGCCCCUGCCACAAUGUUAACUACCUUACACUGCGUUGUUCUUCAUCCUUCUAAUGAAGUCGAAUGUAUUAGCCUGGACAAAAAGGCCAGACUUUGAUCACAACUUUAUUGUUCUUUGAAAAAGGGAUGCUGCAGCCUGACCCAUAGGGAGACCUGUGUUCUUACUUGUUUUAUUACUAAACUGUGACUAUAUCUCUUUAAAAUGUUUCAAAUUAGAAAGAAAUCUAUGAAUAUAUUUGAAAUAUAUAAGAAUAUUUCAUUAAUUUAAUAUAUAUAUUUCAAAAUAUAUAAACAUUACCUAUAUUUAUUGUUAAUUUAUGUACAUAAAGAAAUUAUCAGAGCUCUAGACCAGUUCAAGAAUUUCUAACAAAAAGUGUUUUCUUCUAAAAAAUGCAUGCCAGAUAUGUCUGUGACAUGUCCAGUGUGCAAGUAUGAUUCUGCAUUCGCGCGAUUAUAUUCGCGCAUGUGUGUGUGACUGUGCGUGUGUGUAUGUGAGAGUGCGUGCGUGCAUGCGUGUGUGUGCGCACAAGUGUGCUGUAAAGUGUGACAUUUUUACCAUACCACACUUGUAUGUUUCUUAAUUUUGUUUUUCUUUUCUGGAUCUUGUAGCCAGACUGCCUUUUUUUAAAUGCUAAUGCGUUUGGAUGCUGCCUUGCAUUAGCCCCACCAGGGUACAGUUUACAACUGAAGAGUUUUGUUCCAAAAUGAAGUAUCCAGCAUUUGAAAAAAAAAAAUUUACACAGGUCUAGAAAGUGAUUGAUUGCUAUCAAUUAAUGUCACGUUUUGA